AGACCAGCAAAUAUAUUUAAAAUUGAGAAAACAUGGCUGUGGUAACAGCGAAAAAAGGGCUAGUUACCAUCUCCCACAGUUAGUUUAGAGCCCAUUAAUGGCGGACUCUCUCAGUGCUUCAACCAUCAAACCCGCCUCUCUUUUCUUUUAAUCUAUACACAGCUGAACUCUCUUUUCACUUCUUGCUACUACAACAUCAAUUGGAGGGAUUAAGGAAAAAGACCACUUAAUUGGAGGGAUAUUCCAGCUUUAGUGGGGGACGAGAUGAGUGGUAGUGGCCAUAGACGUCCUUCCAAGUGGGACUUAGAGGAAGUAUCUCGUGACUAUCAUCAUUCUAGAGAUCCUAUUGGCCCUGGGUCCGAGAGACCAAGUAAUAGAGAGUCACAACCUAGGUGGCACUCUAGAGAAGGAAAUUAUAAAGUGGCUAGGGACUCUUUAGAUGAUACAGUGUUGUGGGAUGGGGAGAGCACCAUGUCUCCUGGUCUUGAUGAUUGGAGGCAACAGAAGCGAAAGUACUCCUAUGAAAGCAGUCGAGGAAUAUCACGCAGAAGUCGAAGCAGAAGCAAGAGUCCAGGGCAUCGUUCAGAGCGCCCUGGUGUAAAUGACAGAUUUGGUCGAAUUGCGUCGUUUGAUCAUAGAAAUCAUGAGCCUUGUAGAAUCAGUACUGUACCCUGCAAGUUCUUCGCUUCUGGAAACUGUCGGAAUGGAAAAUCUUGUCGGUUUUCUCACGAUGACCAAACACGUGACAGUUUCAGUAACUAUAAAUCGAAUGACUACAGACAAGGUGUGGAUAGUCGGGCAAAUAUGUCUCCUCUAAGAGAAGGUUCAAAAUGGAGUGGAUCUGCUUCACACUUUAAUCUACCUAAGCAUUGUGGGAAUAAAAAUGAAAGCCUUGGUGAACAGAGGGUUAUGAGAAGUUCUGUGGGUGGCAGUGCUCCAGGAGAUAACAGAUUGAUGGCCCAUGAGAUGGAUAUUGAUGAAGCAACUACAAACAAUCAAAGUAAUGAUUUGGGGUUGACAAAACCCAGUAGUUCUGUGAUGGGUGCCUCCAAGUCCAGAGGCACUGCUUUGCAUGGUGUUGAUAUUGAAGGUUCUACUACUCAUACUGAAGGCCAUUUACCGGACCUGAUUGGGACAUCCAGAAAACCUGAUGUUCUGGAUACAGUAAAAUCAGAAGCAACAUCAUCGAAUCAGUGCGUUAUGAGCACUGAGAAGUUCUCAGACCUUACCCGUUCAUUAGCUCAACUUCUUGGAGAUGGAAAACAGCUUCCGGAACUUUAUGCAGCUUUGAAUGCUUCAAAUGCGCUGGGAUUCAUGCAGUCUUCUGUUGCUGAUCCUGAUGUUUUUCCAGCUUCAUCGUCCAGUCAAUAUGAUCCUGUAAAUGAUAGCAUGGAGCUGAUAAAAUCUGUAAUUAGCGAGCAACCAGAUGGGAUUGCACUCCAAUCAAAUUUACCUUUUACUGGAAAGCCAAGUGUUGAUGGUCUGAAUGGGACUCACUGCAAGGAUGUUGAACUGAAUGAUAAUAGUCAUCAGUCAAGUGAAAAACAUGAAUUUGGUGACUGUGAGAAUGAAGAACAAGGUGUGGUGAAGGCUGAGGACAAGAAAGAAGGGCAAGAAGGAAGUAAAUUAUCAGAUAAUGAGAGAGAUGACAAGGCUGAUGGAGGCGACAAGGCCGAUGAGAAAAAGAAAAACAGUGAUGGAAAGAAUCUUCGUGCUUUCAAGUUUUCCCUUGCUGAGUUUGUGAAGGAGCUUCUGAAGCCAACUUGGAAGGCAGGGAAACUCAACAAAGAAUCCCACAAAACUAUCGUAAAGAAAGUGGUAGAUAAAGUGACAUCUAGUGUCCAAGGAAGUCAAAUACCUCAAACACAAGAAAAGAUAGACAGCUAUCUGUCAGCUUCUAAGCCAAAACUCUCAAAACUUAUACAGGCAUAUGUGGACAAAGUUCAGAAAGAGAACCCGAAGGUAGCAUGAAAGUUGGAGGUUCAUUCGCAUUCUAGCUUGGAUGCUGGCCUUCAUAUUAGCUGUGCUGUCUAGCAGCAAAACCCAUUUACUUAUUUUUCUUAUACAUUUUUUAGAACUUUUUAUAGCUGCUAAAAGUAUUGCAUUUGUUUUUUCCCUUCUGAAUGAUGGAUAAGUUUAAAUUAGCUAAUGUUCCAAAUGCAUAUACAAGUUUUGACAGUUUUUCUUCAA